AUGGAAUUCUUCGAGAAAUCUGUGGCGGUAAGGUUGAAAACUCACCUAGACCGGUACCUGGUGGCCGAAGACGACAAAGUCACCGUCCGGCAAAGCCAUAGGGCGGCGGAAACACGUCGUGCACGGUGGAUGAUCGAGCAUGUUGAAUCAAACAGCCAUGUGAUCCGUCUCAAAAGCUGUUACGGCCGUUACUUAACGGCCACCAACACGCCGUUUCUACUCGGCAUGACAGGGAAGAAAGUCCUUCAAACGUUGCCGGAAAACUCGAAGGAUUUAGCGAUCGAGUGGCAGCCGGUGAGGGACGGAUUUCAGGUGAUGCUUAAGGCUUCCGAUGGGACGUAUUUGAGAGCAAACGGAAGCAUGCCGCCGUGGAGGAACACCGUGACGCACGACAGCAGUUCGACGACGUCGACGCAUAAUUGGAUCUUAUGGAAUGUUGAGGCAGUGGAGAUACCGGAGGAUGAGGAGUUCAGUGACUAUUUAUCGUUGAUUUCGAGUUUUUCGUCAGUUUCCGAUGAACUUUCCGGCCUGGAGUUUGGCUCGCCGGCGUCGAUUCACUCUUCGAGCUUCUCUCCACGGACACCUAUGUUAUCAAUGACAAUGAAGAAGAGGCGUUCGUUUCAAGUAACAACAUCGUCGGUGAUGGAUCUCUUUCACAACGCUAAGGCGGUCCGGCUAAAGAGCCACCACAACAAGUACCUCCAUGCGGAGGAAGACGAAGAGUCGGUGUCUCAAGAUCGCAACGGCGCCGCCAAGAACAACCGCUGGACCGUGGAGUUUGUUACAGAUUCUCAGGAUGAUAGUAUAACAAUCAUACGUCUUAAAUCAUGUUACAACAAGUACUUAACGGCUUCUAACCAUCCGUUCUUGCUUGGAAUGACUGGCCGGAAAGUUCUUCAGACGGUUCCUCGCCGACUAGAUUCGUCGGUGGAGUGGGAGCCGAUUAGGGAAGGGAAUCAGGUGAAGUUGAGAACACGGUACGGACAGUACUUGCGGGCCAAUGGUGGACUUCCGCCGUGGAGGAAUUCUGUUACACAUGAUGUUCCUCAUCGGACGACAACUCAGGAGUGGGUUCUGUGGGAUGUUGACGUGGUGGACAUCGUCGUGCAGUCGCCGGCGCCGAGACCACCGCCGGCGUUGAUUCCGAAUUCGGAUUAUUUUUCGUCGGAAUCCAGCUCACCGACUGCCAAUUGGUCAAAGUCCCCAACUUACUCACGUCAAGAGUCGACUGAUUCGUAUCAUAGCUCGCCUCCGAAGAUGGAGGAUGGAAGAUCGAUAUACUACACCGUACUUUCAGACGAUUUUGGGGAAAUCGACGAGAAUGCCCAAGGAUUUUGCAUUAAUUUCAAGGGAAAUGAUGUUAAUGAGUUAACUCGGAAGUUGGAGGAAGAAACGGGAAUUAAGGGUAUAACAGUGUGCACACGCUUUCCGUCAGACGGGAAACUUUACCCUCUUCGAUUGCAACUUCCUCCAAAUAACGUUACCAUGAAGGUUGUCGUCGUUCAAAACUCGUCCGAAGAUGCGACCGUCGAUGUUUGAAGAUUUAGAAGUCGAAUUGUGAGUUUUUGUUAUGGUAUGUUUGAAUGUUGUACAUAAAGUUAAAAGAGAGAUUUUUUGAAUAUUUAUUGUUAGAACAAUAUUGUUAUAUGCGUAGAGUGACGAUAUAUUGAAAUUGUCGUUUUUUUUAUGUAUGACGUUUGGAUGCUCGACAAAAUAUCUGUAUUGUUCUAAAAAUUCGUUUCAACAACCGUCAUAGCACGUUAUAUCUUAA